CUGGCCUCUUACCUCCUGUGUCAUUGUUGCUGUUUAUUGUUUUUACUGCUGAACGACUUCAGUAGAGACUUGUUUUACUUACCUCUGACUCCCCAAGCGAUCUCUGAGCCUGGGUCCUAAUGCUGUCUGUGAGCUUGUGACAGGAAUACAUUGGAACACAAGAAACUGAGUCAGAACCCAGCCUGUUUUUCAGGUCCUUUCAAGGCAAACCAAAGAGUAUCACGGACCAUGGGCGAGGCUGGGCAUGGCGAGCAAGGCUCGAUGCUCAGUCCACUGUUACAGACACAUGAGCUGCGUGUUGUGUGCACAUCGUGCUACGAACAGCCUCACGAUGGCACUUCCUCCACCAUCCACGAUUCUCACCUGUGCGCUCGAAACAUCUUGCUAGCCAGGCAGAGAGGAGGCAGAGAGGCAGACUGGAGGCUUGUUUCCCCCAGGCCUAAAUUCAUAAACCCAGGAAAGUAUGUGAAGUGCUUAUACGCAGUGGAAGGAGGGAGGUGCCUCCAGUAUGGCAAGCGCUGCACUUUUGCCAAAAGCGACGAGGAGGCAGCCGUGUGGAACUUCCUGAAAAACAGAAGGCUUGAGCACAGCUUGCUGAUUCGCCUGGUUUGCCAUGCUCAGGGGUGUGAAGAAGAGGAGGAGUUGGGCGUGGCAGAGAGAAUUCAGAGCCUCUUCACCGGCUACUUCGUCCACCUCUGCCAUACCUGCUUCCACAGCAGACCCCGGCGGAUUACCCCCGAGUGUCCUGCCAAGGGGUGCGGUCACCCCACCCACCCCGCUCUGGUCCUCUUCCAAGUGGGUGGAUCCCAAGACGAAAAAGUGUCAGUCAGCGAGAUCCGCCCCAUCCCCCCGGGCCUGUACGUCCAGCAGUUCCGACACUGUUGGCGCGUGGAAGGAGGGGCCCAGUGCCGGACCGAGUGCACGUUCACCCACAGCGAGGCGGAGAUGGCCGUGUGGACGGCCGAGAGGAACGAGGGCCUGGACCGCAACGAUCUGGUGACGAUACUCGAGGAGUCGGAGGCACAGGAAGUGCCUCGGUUCCACUGUGGCUUGUGCCAGCUUCAGUUCUCCUCGGAGGACGGCUUCGUCAGCCACUGCUCCUCCCUCGCCCACGAGAGGAGGUACUGCGAAGAAGGAGACCCGGCCGCUGACUGGAAGUACCGAUGCCCGCCAAAUGGCAGCCAAGCCCUUGAGCUGUGCAAAAGACCAGAAACCUGUGAAUAUGGAGAGAACUGCACAGCUGCUCACUCGAACGAGGAGCUGCAGGAAUGGUGCCUGAGGAUGAGGAUGAUUCGCAGGAAGAGGAAGGCUGCCCAGGAGCAGGGUCUGCUGUCCUACCGGGACCAACUGCUGAUGGAAUAUAGGGAGAGCCUCAAUGAAGUUCUCAUUAUUUCCGAAGAUGUAGAGGGUGUCACAGUCACUUGCGAUAAGGAUCUAAAUUUUAGCAGUGAGAAGAAAAAAUUGAAAGUAACAUGGACUUUCACAAUAAACUCUGAGAGACCCUUGAAGGCUGCUGCCCUGCUGAAGCAGGAGCCAGGGGCCAUGUUCACAUUGGGGGACAGCAUCAGCAGGGACUCCUGUGCCUACUCAGACGGGAGCCUCUUCUGCACCCUGGGCACCUCCUACACCCUGCCCGUCUCCUUCUCAUCCAAGUGGGCAGGACACUACGAGCAGUGGCUGGUUCUGGACUUUGACACAAGGCCUGUGCUGCUGCGGAAGAUCCGGGUGGGCGUAGGUGAGGAGAAGAGCUUCCCAGAGCUUGCAGAGGACAGGAUUCAGAGUGGCAGCCCAGCUCCUGCUGCUCCUCCUCUCCCCACCCCCCUGAGGACAGAGCCUUGGCAUAGUGGAAACAGGAUCAUUGUCCCCUGUCAUCGUAGGACUGAGACGGAGGAAGAGCUACUGAGGGACUACAAACCUCCUCGGCUGAACCCAGCCUUUAACCCUGCAGCUGACAGUGAUGUUCCCUUGACCCGGAAGAACUACAGGGAGAGGAUGCACAGCUUCCUGUAUAGAGAGGAGUUGGCACAAGAAGAGGUGCUGUCCAGGCUCAGCCUGCAGAGUGCCACUGUCUCGCUGUCCGACACCAUCACUACUUCUUGGUAUGACGUGAAAGUUGCUCCAUUCCGAAAGCUCUAUGCCUCAGUCCCACUGUCCCACUCCCUGACUCCUCACACCCCAGAGGGUCAGCUGCUCAGGACAGCUGUUGGCUCUGCACUUGUGGCCCCUUCUCCCUCUGCCAAAAAGAAGGUGUACGAGGCGCUAGUGCUGCUGGAGGCUAGCACCGAGGACAGGAUCUACCUACUACUCUCCAGAGAAUGCUGCUCUGACCUGAGCCUCCGGAAGGACACCUCCUACCCCAUGGACAUCCAGUUCCAGCUGAACCACCUCCAGUUCUGUGAGUGGCACCAGGCGGUCGACCUUCUUCCAGACGUGGAGCGGGUCCUUCCAGAUCUGAUCCGAGGCAGCGUCCCUGAGCACACUGGCGACUUCACCAAUCUCAAGCUUAAUGCCAAGCAGAGAGCUGCCGUGGCCCUGAUCAUCGGGGAGCCAAGUCAACAGCUGUCAACAGCCCCUGUGCUCAUUUAUGGGCCCUUUGGAACAGGGAAAACGUUUACCCUGGCAACAGCCAUAAAGGAACUCCUCCGACAGCCCUGCACCAGAGUCCUGAUCUGCACCCACACAAACAGUUCUGCAGAUCUUUAUGUGAAAGAUCACUUCCAUCAGUAUGUGGUGAGUGGACACCCAGAGGCCCGCCCCCUCAGAAUAAAGGCCAGUAAGAAGGGGUUGGGUGUAAAAAGAACUGACGACAUCACUCGACGCUACUGCCUUGUCUCCCCUGACUAUGAGUCCUUCCUGUUUCCUGAGAGAUCCGACCUGGACUCACAUCGAGUGGUGAUAACCACCACCUCAAUGGCACGGCACCUCCACGACCUGAAGCUCCCAUCUGACUACUUCACUCACAUCCUGAUUGAUGAGGCCUCUCAGAUGCUGGAAUGUGCCGCCCUGAUUCCCCUGACGCUGUCUGGGUCAGGGACGAGGGUGGUUCUGGCCGGGGACCACAUGCAGACAGGACCAAAGCUGUUUUCGCUAAAAGGGGGUGGCAGCAGCUCUGACUACACUCUGCUCAAUCGCCUCUUCGUCUAUUACCAAGGACAGAAGGGUAAAGCAGCCUCAAGGAGCAGGGUCAUCUUCAGUGAAAAUUAUCGCUGCACAAAGGAGAUUGUGGACUUCAUCGCCGCCCACUUUUACUUUAGCAAGGUUGACCUCAGUGAUAAAGGCAUAAAGGCCAGUGGCAGGGUUCCCCCUCACCCUCGAUUCCACCCGCUGAGGUUCCAUCACAUCCGUGGAACUUGCUUUUGGGACAAGGAGUCCAUGUCUUGGUACAAUCCUAAGGAGGCCACAAGUGUGGUAGAGAUAGUGGAGGAACUACUCAAAGAAUGGCCACCCAAAUGGGAAAAUCAAAAACAGCAAGCUAUUUGUGUCCUGUCAGAAGGUCGUCAGAUUCGAUUAAUCAGGCGUGAACUGAAGAAAAAAAAACUGGGAGAAGUUAUUGUGGAAACUGUGUACAAUGUACAAGGAAAGCAGUUCAGAGCCAUUUUGAUGACGGCAGUCCACACUCGAGACAGCCUGCUCUCGUCAAACUCAGAAUACCCGGAACUCUUUGGAGACACACGUGUGCUGAACACGGCUAUGACCAGAGCACAAUCCCUGGUAGUUGCUGUUGGUGAUGCCCCAGCUCUGUGCAACUUUGGAAAGUGCUCCAAAAUCUGGAAAAGCUACAUUAAGCAAUGCAUUGACAAGGGGAGUGCCAGUCCAGAGCACAUCACUAUCAACAGCAUCGAGCAAGAAGUAAGGGAAAUUGUCAAGUUCCAUAAAACAGAGGAGGGUUACAACAGUGAUAGUGAGUCAGACACAAGCAAAAUUGAGGACCCCAUUCUUCAGGAGCUUCUGGAUGAAGGCAAUGAUGUUCAAGUGGCCAUCACAAAAGAAGGACUAUUGGAGAUCAUCCAAAAUGCUGUCUCUGGUGACACAACGGUGGGUGAAGAUUGGAGUGACACCAACACUGAGCUAUCGUUGAGGACAAAUCCUCGUGACUUCAAGCGCUGUAAGCUCAUUAAGGAGACCUUUGACUCAGGGUACGCUAUACCCCUAGACGAGCCCACACGCCGCAUUAACAUUACAGGGAGAGAGGACAUUGGCAGAUCUUUUCCAGGAGACGUUGUUGCUGUAGAGAUCUUGAGUCGUGAUGACAGUUCUUGGAAUGGUAAAGUGGUGGGGGUCCUGAAGGGGGAGUCCCAAUCCAUAUUUGUCUGUGCCAUUGACAUGUAUGAUCCCCAAGUGAUGACACCCGUCAAUAAGGGCGUCUGCAAAAUAUUCACACCCUUUGUCAAGAGCAAGCCCAACUGUGUUGCAGUGCGGAAGAAUGAAAACGGACGUUGGAUUCCACAUGAAUUUGUCGAGAUCAAUGAGAAUUCAAGGCAAAACUACCUUUUUGUUGUUGAAGUAUUGAAAUGGGUCAAACCUUGUCGGUAUCCCCUAGGAGUUGUUACAAAGGUGCUUCAGGAAACAGGAUCUGAAGAAGAUGGACUUGAACAGUUGGACAUAGAAUACCAACUGACAAAAGAGCCUCCUAAAUAUAACAAAGAAUUCAACUUCAAAUUUAGUUUGAAAAACAGACUGGAUUUCCGUGAAUAUGCCACCUUCACAAUUGAUAGAUGCAAGUCGCAGGACCUCGAUGAUGCAAUCAGCGUGAGAGAUUUGGGAAAUGACUAUGAAAUUGGUGUUCACAUUACUGAUGUUGCAAGCUUUGUGACCAAGGGCAGUGAAAUAGACAAAUACGCAGAAAAUCAAGGAAAUGUGCUCUACCGGCUAAAUGACAAGCCAGCGUUUUUGUUUCCUGAAGAGUUGAGAGAAGGCCGUUUGAGCCUGCUUCCUGAAUGUGAGCGUUAUGCCAUAUCAUUGAUGGUGGUCAUUGAAAAGGAAAGCGACAGGAUUAAGAAAAUGACCUUUGCCCUCUCCCUGAUAAAGUCAAAGAGUAAGAUGACAUAUGAGCAAGCUGAGAAAAUCAUCCAAAACCAUUAUGUGGACAAAGUCCCACAAAAGUUUGCCUCUUUGGAGGAUUGCCUUGCUGUGUCAUACCACUUUUCUGUGGUUCACAGGCGGCACAGGUUGUCUGGCAACUGGUUCCAUGUUCAGUCUGAUGAAGGUGUUCGCCAAGGCAAAGGGAUGUCCUAUGACAUGGUAGCAGAGCUCAUGAUCAUGUACAACAGUUUUGUGUCCGGGUUCUUGAUUGACAAUGAGGAGACACAGAGUCUCACCCCUCUAAAAUGUCAAGACUGCCCAGAUCCCAAAGAGGUGUGCCAGUUUUUGACCAGACACAGUGCCCUGAUGCCAUUCUCUGCUCAGCUCUCUCACCUUUGGGAUGAGAAUGCAAAUUUGGACAAUGACAAUGCCAAAGGCCAAUCAGCAGAUGAAGAAAUAUUAAACAGUGAAGAGGACAAGGCAGACAGGGAAACCAUGGUGAUUACAAAACAAUGCCUCAGCCCUGAGAGUUUUAGAGAGUUCACCGUGUUCACAUCCUUGCUUAAGAGACUCGAGGUCGCAGCUCAAAACAGGGACUUUCACACAUUAGUUUACCUUAUUACAGCUGACGAAGUCCACCCACAGCUCCAACCCGCGGCAGCCGAGUUUAGGGGUCUCCUCCAGAAGAGCUACAUCCAUCGCUCCAAAUCCACGGCCCAGUCAAAGGUAGGUCAUCACGACUUGCAGCUUGACUCCUACACCUGGGCCUCCUCUCCAAUGCGGCGAUACAUGGAUAUCAUUGUGCAGAGGCUGCUGCACUCUGCACUUGAUGAAACCAGGCCCAGAGUCAGGUACACUUCUAAAGAAAUUGAUCUGUUCUGUGCCCUCUACAUGGUAAAAUGCAGCAGGAAGGCUGCAUUUGACACUGAGGUACAGAACCGUAAGACAGCUAUCUGUUUGAGCCGUCAGAGUGCACAAAUGAUGGCUGUUGUGAAUGAAUUGAAUCCUGAGGGACACACAUUCCAGGUGUCCUUUCCUCUAAACCAUGUCUCACUGUCACAAAUGCUCUCCAUACGGUAUAAGCACCUCAAACUAAUAGACCAGCCAGAGUACAAUACAGACAGCCAUUCCAUGAUACUAAAAUGGAGUCAAAGGGUGUACUCAUUCACAAACGCCCAUAUCUACUCUGAACUUGAAGGGGUCCAGCCAAAUCCACACAUCACCCCAGUUCAGACAGAUACAUGGAAGCGCCUCGUUUUAGCGAUCAGGUCAGAGGACUGGGAUGAGGUUCUCUGCUGUGUUCGGGAAAUCAAGCCAAGCUUAAGCAGAGAUUUGAAGAAGGGAAAAUGCAGACCUGCUAAUUGUAAAGACUACUCUUUGGAGCUGAAGGUUGGACAGAGUCUCCCAGUACAGCUGGGCACAGACACAAGUCGUGGUCAAACCUUCCCUGCGGUGCAGCUGGUGAACAUCCAUCCACAGUUUGAUAUUUGCCUGCAGCACGCAAAGAACCCGAUCAAAUGCUUUUCCAGCCUAUCCCCCCAGGCAUCAAAGCAAAAGUACAGCAACUUCGGGGAGUAUAUGGAUAUCUGGGGGCCACUGUGUGCAGUGGACACAGCUUACAGUGCAGUGGCAGAAAAUGACAGCAUUGUCCUUGAAGGUGUGAGAAUCACAUGGACGGAUGAAAGAGAACAGAACCUUGAAGGUUACUUCUGCCUGCCUCUGGAACAGAAAAAGCAAUGGUCCAUAAACUGUGACCUCAAAAACUGCUUCCUUUGCAUUAGACUGAGGGGACAGAUGGGAAAUGGGAUGGAAGGAUUGGAUUCUUCUAGGAUUUCCCCACUCUCAGACUUGGAGGACCCCAUGUCCUUUACAUGGGUAGCUCAUGGAGUAACCAGGAAACUCAGAGAGCAUGAUGGAUCAAAAAGGCUUUUACACACUCAAAUUUACUUUUACCUCAACCACCUCUCCAUGGAGAACACCCCAAGAACUGUUUUCUCUGAGAAUACAAUGUUCACAGUGGAACUGAUCCCCAAAAAACUACCUUACAUUCUCAGGGAGCGUGCCAUUGCCAACCUGAAUCGUGCCAAUGAGCUUGUGAAAAACAUCACCACGGGCAAGACACAAUUUCUCACAAGAGCAGUGUUUGAAAAUAAAACACAGGACUUUACAAUUUCUGAUGGUCCAUGGCCUGCUCUCAAUAAAAGCCAGAAUGAUGCCAUAAAAAGAGCACUGGAGAUGCCCUUCUCGCUCAUACAAGGCCCACCAGGAACAGGGAAAACAGUGGUUGGGAUCCAUAUCGUCUACUGGUUCUUUAAGAGGAAUCACGCAGCAGAAGCCAUGGAUCACCACACCCAUAACAAGAAGGGGUUGAAUAAGAAUAAGAAGACUGCAAUUUUAUAUUGUGGGCCUUCCAAUAAAUCUGUGGACAUUGUCGCUGAGCAACUCUUGAAGUUGAAAGAUGAGCUGAAACCUCUCAGAGUUUAUAGCGAUCAGAUGGAGAUGCUUGAGUUUCCCUACCCAGGGAGUGAUAUGAUGGUGUGCCGCAAGUCUCUCCGUGAAGAGAAGCCAAACGAAGAGCUGAGAUCUAUCACCCUGCGCUAUCUGAUCCGGAAAUCAGAUAAUCCAUAUUCCUGUGAAAUCAAAUCUUUCGAAAAGAGAAUUGAAGAAAAGGGCAUUUCUGAUGACGAAAUAGCUAAUUACAAGAAACUGUUGAACGAAGCACGCCAGUACGAACUGAGAAAGCAUGAUGUCGUCCUCUGUACUUGUGCGGCCGCCCAAGACCCAAACUUCGUCAAGACAAUGAACUUCCGCCAGAUUCUCAUAGAUGAGUGUUCAAUGGCAACAGAGCCAGAGGCUUUGAUUCCACUGGUUGCCCACAAGCCAGAACAGAUUGUGUUGCUAGGAGACCAUAAACAAAUUCAGCCCAUUGUUCAAUGCAACCUAGUCAAGACACUGGGCAUGAAGAAAUCACUGUUUGAGCGCUACCAAGAGUCCCAUGAGGAUUUGGCUACAAUGCUUGACACACAAUACAGAAUGCAUGAGGACAUAUGUAAAUUUCCCUCAGAGACAUUUUACAAUGGUGGUCUGAAGACGGAGGCCAAACGUGAGACUAGUGUCCUGUUGUCUCCAUCCAAGACGCCGACUCCUAUACUGUUCGGCCAUGUGGAUGGGAAGGAAGAGGUGCUGGUGGUUUCCACCGAGCAAGGGAAUGAAAACUCCACAAUGAAUGUGGAGGAGGCUGAACAGGCGGUUCGAAUCGCCAGUCUGCUUAUCUCUAAAUCUGGUAUUGAACCCACAAGUAUUGCCAUCUUGACGCCCUACAAUGCACAGAUGUCAAGGAUUAACAAGAUCCUGUCUGGGAAAAAGAUUAAGGAUGUUGCAGUGUGUACCAUUAUGAAAAGUCAAGGAAGUGAGUGGCGCUACGUCAUCCUGUCCACAGUUAGAUCCUGUCCCCAGUCAGAGAUUGACAGACAGCAGCCAAGGCCCACGAAAGCAUGGCUGUCAAAGCAGCUGGGCUUCAUCACAGAUCCCAACCAGGUCAACGUGGCCAUCACCAGGGCUCAGGACGGCCUCUGUAUCCUCGGAAAUCAGCACUUACUGAAGUGCAAUCCCCUCUGGGAAGAAUUGCUGGCACAUUACCAGAAACAUCAAUGUGUGGUGGAUCCAGCAAAAGGAAUCCGGGUUGACCCCAGAGAUAAAUCCAAAUCCAAGCGACGGAAAUGACCUGUAUGACUUACCAACGGCAUGAUGCCUAAAUCUACUGCUUAUAGAUUGUGUGUGUCAUAGCAUGGUAACACAUAGCUCAGCUUAACGCCCAGGAGUUUUAUGACUAAUUUUCUCUGUAAUUCUGGAAAUACUUGAAAAUAUUCCCUGACUUUGGAAAAAAAAAAACACCUAAAAGAGGGCAAAUGCAUUAUGUUAUGUUAAUUUAUCAAAUGUUCUCAUCGAGAUGCUCUUCUAGAGUGACUUGGAAUUAAAAAGAACAAGGUGCAUCAAAUAUGAAUUAUGAAUUAUCACAAACUAUGAAAUUUAGAAAUAUAUGAAGAACUGUAAUAUUGAUAUGGAGAAAAUUUAACCUGCAUUACUUUAGUAAAAAUUAGCAGCUGUCUAAAUGAAUUGUGUCUAAAAAUAUUAUCUGUGUAAGAAACUAAGUCACUCUAGAUGAAAGCAUCUGCUAAAUGCUUAAAUGUAAAGCCUCUUAGGCUUGUUGUCCUCAGACUUGGUGCUGGUGAGUCGUACGCUGUACGCUGGCUUUUGUUUUAAAUUUAAAUUCCACAACCAAAUCAAACACAACAAUGUUAAAAUAUAAGGUGACUUGACUAUGUGAUUAACUAUUUUUAAUUGAUUUAUCAAGUACUGUAUAACUACAAAGAAAAAGAACCAUACAUCCUGUGACUGCCCAGGGGACAAAACUAAGGGCCACUGCACUAAGGCAAGCUGGUGUAAAGUAAUUACACUAUGUGUCCAGCAGAUGUCAUCACAUGUGCAGCAUGUAUUGAGCCUCAGUGGAUGUUCUUCCCACUGUGGCUUCGCAAUAUAUAAACUUAUUGUAAAGGAUGAUUUGGUGUUAUGAAAACUUGUCACUUGAAACAUACAAUGUACUGGAAUAUUUUACUUUGCUAAACUACUCAGUUAUGUUUUGUUUAUUUUUUAUUGCUUAAUAUGUCUCUUAAAAUUGACAGCAGUGCAACUUUAAUGUGUAAUAUCUGCUAUGAACACAGACUUUCUUUUGCUGUUGUGCUUUAACAGCAGAAAAAGAAUGAGGUGUCAAAACUAUAUGGGUGACAGGAUUAUAUAAUCUAAUAUAUGCAAUUAUUAACAAUAAUAAAUAUUCUGGGUAAUUUAUCCACUUUACACUCUUACAAUGUGUGGCAGAAGGGGGGUAAAUGUGGUGGCAGAUUUGUGUUUUUAAAGAUUAAUAUUUUAUGAAUUUUAUGGAAAUUUUGAUUGGCGCUACAGUCCUCGCCCUACCCCUGCCCAUUAUGUCUGUUUUUUUGUAUGUGAUGGAUGUCAAAAAGGUUGCAACAAAAGUAUUAAUAAAACACAACUUCCUUGGAAUGU